GUUGUACCAUAUGAAAUCCCAAUCGUACCCUCAGGGAACAUGAAUAGGGGGAAAAUAUCCAACAUGCGGGAAAAGGUCGAGUGUUAACACAACAAGUGGCGGGAUUUAUGCAAUACAAAAAAGCUCCUCCUUCCUGUUGGAGCGGCGAUCCGAUAGGCGCGCUUUCUCUCACUCACGAGAAAACGGAGAAGACAAUCCUCCUCUUCCUCUCCCUUUUCCUUUCUUCUCACUCUUUUCUUUUUCUUUUUUCUCGUUGCUUUAUCAUUAUACAGAUAUAUGAUACUUAAAAGUUUCCUUUUUUAAUUUUCCCCCUUUUUUUUUUCUUUAUACAUCAUAAUUUCGGUUGCUUUGGUUAAUAUUUUGCCUUUUUCCGCAUGUUUAUUUAAUUCUAGUCCAUGGAUCUGAACUUGAUACCCAGGAAUUUGCGUAGAAUUCGGAUCUGUAGAUCGCCGGCGAGCUGCAUUUGUGUGUUAUUUGACGUUCAGUAGUCAGAAGGAUUUUGUUCUCUGGGAUAUUUUUUCUUCUGAAUUUGGACAAUGGACAAGAAGAAAUAUCCGAUUGGGCCGGAGCAUUACACGCUUUACGAGGAGGUAGGGCAGGGAGUGAGUGCCUCGGUUCAUCGUGCUUUAUGUAAUCCUCUCAAUGAGGUCGUUGCCAUCAAAAUCCUCGACUUCGAACGCGAUAAUUCCGAUUUGAAUAACAUCUCACGUGAAGCCCAAACAAUGGUCCUAGUCGAUCAUCUCAAUGUUCUUAAAUCACACUGCUCCUUUGUUAGUGAUCAUAACCUAUGGGUUGUCAUGCCUUACAUGGCUGGAGGUUCCUGUCUACACAUUCUAAAGGCUGCUCAUCAGGAUGGGUUUGAAGAGACUGUUAUUGCAACAGUAUUGCGGGAAGUUCUAAAGGGUUUGGAAUAUCUUCAUCAUCAUGGCUUCAUCCAUCGUGAUGUUAAAGCUGGAAAUAUUCUCAUUGAUUCACGAGGUGGAAUAAAGUUGGGAGAUUUUGGUGUCUCUGCUUAUUUAUUUGAUUCAGGUGAUAGGCAACGUAUGCGGAACACAUUUGUCGGAACUCCUUGUUGGAUGGCACCUGAGGUCAUGGAGCAAUUGCAUGGUUAUGAUUUCAAAGCUGAUAUUUGGUCCUUUGGCAUAACCGCUUUGGAGCUUGCUCACGGACAUGCUCCUUUCUCCAAAUAUCCUCCGAUGAAGGUCUUGCUAAUGACAUUGCAAAAUGCACCCCCUGGCCUUGACUAUGAGAGGGAUAAGAAGUUCUCGAAGUCUUUUAAGCAAAUGAUUGCUAGUUGCUUGGUGAAAGAUCCUUCAAAACGACCUUCUGCCAAAAAAUUGCUGAAGCAUCCUUUCUUUAAGCAAGCAAGGUCCAAUGAUUACAUAGCAAGAACAUUGUUGGAGGGUUUGCCAGCACUUGGAGAUCGCAUGAAGGCAUUGAAGAGGAAAGAAGAAGACAUGCUAGCACAGAAGAAGAUACCAGAUGGGCAGAAAGAAGAAAUAUCACAGAAUGAAUACAAACGGGGAAUUAGCAGCUGGAACUUUAACCUUGAAGAUUUGAAGGCACAGGCUUCUUUGAUUCCAGAUGAGGAAAUUAUUGGUGACAAGGACCAAAGUGGGAGUUCGAAUGCACUGUCUGGGCUUGACAUUCCAGGGAAACAGCUACACAAGUUUCAGCAUCAGUUCUCCUUCUCAAGUCAAUAUUCAGAUGCUACCGAUUUUGACAGUAACAAUCCAUCUGCCCCUCCUUCACCUGCCAACCAGAAUGUGGCUUAUAGCAUAACUAAGUGCGAGAAAUCUGAUGAUGAUUUAAGCAUUGCUAGUUCAGUUCAUGAACCUCACAUUUCACAGAAUUCUUCGCCAUGUUAUGAGAAUCGCAUGGAAAUGAAUUUGGUGGGAAAAGGUGAACAAGUGGCUGAUGCCAAAUUGUUCGAGGGCAUGCCCGUAAAUUCUGGCCAGAGUGAUAGAAGUCAAUUCCAAAAUGCAUCCAGUUGCAAUGGGGCUUCUGUUCUUCAAACAGCAGAUGAUGUGCCAGCUGAAGUAAUCAGUAAACAUUCUAGAACCCCAGCUAGCAGUGAAGAUUUUGAUGAGAAGACUAAGGGUCAUGUUGUUCAGCAGAGAGGACGUUUCAAAGUUACCUCCGAGAAUAUAGACUUGGAAAAGGUAGGUGCAUCUCCAAUGCUACAAAAGAGUCAGAGCAUGCUGGUGAUUCCGCAAAAUCUGGCUGCUACUCUACCAUUACCACCUGAUGCUACACCAUCAAAUCUACUUACCCCAGCCCAUUUUCCAGCGUUGCAGAGUAUUUUAGAGGCAAAUAUUAUUCAAAGGGAGAGUAUUCUUAGACUGAUGAGGCAAGUGGCCCUUGGAGACUCUACAGUGGAUGCUGGAUGCAUGCUAUCAAAUUCGUCUGGAGUGGAGAAAUCGCUGCUGGAGGUUGCUCAUGACAAAGAAAAGGAAUUAAUUAGUGAAAUCACUGAGUUGCAGGGGAGGCUGAUACGUGCUCAAGAAGAGCUUCAAAAAUACAAAGCAGAAAACGCUCAAAAUAACUCUUGAAAUAUGGAUUGCAUAGGGGACAUAUUGUAAUCUUUAUAGUUCGAAUACAGUCGUAGUGUUCAAGUGGCGUACAUUAAAGUUAAAAAAGGAAUAUUUAGACAUGGAGUAGCUGAAACUGUAACGGAGAAAUGAUUAGUAGCAGGUUUUUAGUUUUGAUUUGUACAGUUUGUUUCCAGUAGGCGGUGAUAUGCUGGUUUUAUUAUUCUCUGCUUAUGCCUGCAUUUACUAGACUGAUUCUUGUAUAUUACCCUAAAUUUUUGAAAACGUAGUCCUUGAUAUUAUCAACUUUCCUAUUUGAUUGAA